CGCAAUAUACGUGCGUUCGUGUAUAUGGUGUCUGAUUACAAAUAUUAUUAUAAUUUGUAUUUUUAUAAAAUAUUAUACAAACUCCAAAAUUUUCAGAUUUAUAAAUGAAGUAGUAAUUUUUCAAAAAGCUAUAUAUUAAUAAUCAAUUAAAAUGAUCAAAGACUUUAUUAUUCCUGUAAAUAAAGAUGAACUUUUACAAAGUCGGAGUGGACAAUAUUUUGUUAAAGAAAUCGUUCCAAUACGAUUGUUACCACAAGCUCUAGAUGAGAUUCGAUCAGCACUCCAAGCAAAUGGAGCCAGUUUCAUUUUAGACCAUUUUAAUACAUUUUUCUCCAUAAUUGUUCAUGGAAAUAAAGUUGAAUUAGCAAUUAUUAUGCGUGCCUUUACCAGAAUUCAAAAAGGUAUUGAAAUGUUAGUACUUGAUAUGGAAAGUAUAUUCGAAAGAGGAAAUGAGUUGGAAGAGAAACAUAGAUUGAGUUUGUUAAAUAUAAAUAAAAUGCUGGCAUAUUUAUUUUCUUGGUUUAUUUGCCAUAUAGAUGAUGAGGUUUUUAAAGAUGUAUAUGAUAAAUUAAUAGGCAAGCGUAAAAAAUCUGCAAAGUCGGAUAUGGAAGAUGAGUGGGAAAAUAGUAGAGAGAAAGCAUUAGAGUACAUCUAUAGAUUGUUACAAUUACCAUUAUCAAAACUUUGGCAACCUCCUAUCGUAGAAGACUCAUUUAUUGUAUUAUUCACUAAAGUGUGUUAUAAAAUUUUGGAACAAUGUAAAGAUUCAAAACAGAAAUCCCUGAGGCAAACUAUUUUCGAGAUUUUAGGUACUUCAAUUAAAAAAUAUAAUCAUGGUAUAAGCUGUGUGAUAAGAAUUAUUCAGUUAGUGAAAAUACAUGAUGCAUUAGCAUCUCACAUGGCUGUCGGAGUUAUUCAUAUGAUUAAUGAUUGUGGUUGUAAUGGUUUAGUGAAAGAAAUAAUGAAAGAGAUUGAACAAAGUGAAUUAUCUGAACUUGACAGUCGUAAUAUAUCAAUAUUCUUAGAGACUAUUGCUGCUUCAGCACCAAAUCUCAUAAUUCCUAUUCUUGAUGAUGUGAUGGAUUAUUUGGGUAGCGAGCAUUAUGCUAUGAGAAACUGUACCAUUAGUAUUAUACGUGAGGUUGUACAAAAAGCAUUGACUGGAGAUGAUCUUACGCAAGAACAGAAGGAUCAACGUGAUGAGUGCCUUAAUAACUUAGAAGAACAUAUUCUUGAUAAUAAUGCUUAUGUCAGAUCAAAAGUUUUACAAGUUUGGCAACAUUUAUGUUGUGAAGGAGCUAUUCCACUAGCAAGGCAAGGAAGACUUUUAGCUACUAUUGCAUUACGUUUAGAAGAUAAAAGUGCAAAUGUACGAAAACAUGCGUUACAACUAAUGCGUGCCUUAUUGCAAAGCAACCCAUUUGCAGGAAAAUUAAAUAAAGUAGAAAUUUCUAAAUUGUUAGAAAAGGAAGAAAUAAAAUUAAGAAAGUUGCAAACUGAAAGAGUUAGUAAAAGUGCUCGUGGUGACAAACAAAGAUUAGAAUUAUGGAAUACUUUACUUCCAGAAAUAAGAAAAGCAUUAAAAGAAGUUACUGAUGAUGGAAAGAAAAAGGACAAAAGCCAAGAUGAUGAAGUUGAAGAAGAAGAAGAUAUUAAUUCUGAUACAGCGUUUGAACAUGUAAGACAAUUAAUAUUAAAAGAAAAAAUUCUCGAAGCAGUAACAUAUUUGUGGAAAGUUUGUAUAAAAUUAAAACAAAGUCCAGAUAUAGAAGUUCUUUCUCCUGAAGCAAAAGAAGAAUGUCUGUUUUUACUUCUAUUGAAAACAUUUAUGGAAUCUGAAAGUAAUUUAGAUAACAUAGGAGAAAAUACAGAUGCAGUACAUUCAACAGAUAAAAACAAAGAGGAAGAAGAAAUAAUAUCAAAACGAGUUGUAAAUUAUUUAAAAAAUUGUUUGGAAUUUGCAACUGAAUUAGAGGUUGCUAUACCUAUGGCGGAAAAAUUACUUUUUUCUACUACAGCAACCGAUGCUAUCGAAGCAUGUACUUUACUUGGAAUUGCUCAUCAAUUUGGUGUAGCUGGAGCUACAGCUGCUAUACGUGAUGCUUUAUUUCAAGUAUUUCAUCGUGAUCAAUCAGUACGAAACAAUAUAGCAUUAGUGUAUAAAGAUAUUUACUUAAAUAAUCAUAAAAAUCAAAAGUCAAAACGACAAGAGGCUCUUACAUGUGUUAAAUCAUUAAUUGAUUUAUUAAAAGGACUUCAACCAGGUCAAAGUCAAGCUUUAACUCAGCUUAUAUUAACAUGGUAUAAUAAUAAAGAUAUAGGCAAUGACGUAUUACAGGUUCUAUGGGAAAAAUUUUCAAUGAAAUCAUCAGACACAGAUUUAUUAGAUAGCAGAUCUGCUUUAAUGUUAAUAACAAUGAUAGCUCAAGCUCAAAGCAGUAUUAUAAUUGAUAAUUUAGAGGUAUUAAUAAAGGUAGGGCUUGGACCACGAGCAAAGACUGAUCUUUUAUUAGCCAGAGAUACAUGUAGAGCAUUACUAACUAUAAAACAUAUGAGUGAUGAUAUUGAAAAGACACCUGUUAGGUAUCCCAAUGAUCAUGAAAUGUUUAAAGAAAUUCUUACUUUAUUAAUAGAAAAUUUUGCAAAUUUAGAAAAUGAUGGAUAUAUUUCAUUUGCAACUGAUGCGAUUAAUGCGAUUUAUCAUUUAGCAAAUCAGCCCGAUCGCUUAAUGAAGCAGUUAUUAUUACAAAUCUGUAUUCAGGGAAAAUUUAAUAAUGAUUCAUCUGAAAAUACUGUUCCGUUCUUUUUGUUAUCUAAAUUAUUAUAUUUAGUUGGACAUAUUUCAAUUAAACAAAUGGUACAUUUAGAUACAUCAGUCUACAAAGAAUUAAAACGAAGAGAUACUAUACGAAAAUUAAGAGAAGAGAAGAAUUCAAAUAAAAAUAAUAAAAAUUUGGAUAGAUCUCGAAGAUCAAUUACUCCUAAUUGUGCGAGACAAAUACUUCGCAAUAAGGAGAUAAGCAUCUUAGAAGAUAAUGGAGAGGAUGCUGUGGAAGGUGCGGCAGAAGAUGCAGAUGCAGAGUUUAUAAAUGACAUUCUUGAAAAUCAUAUUGUAACUGGAGAUGGACUUUUAGUAACAUUUGUUCCAUUAGUACUAGAUGUAUGCCAAUAUCAUGAUAAGUAUAACGAUGAAGAUGUACAAGCUGCUGGAGCUCUUGCUCUCAGUAAAAUGAUGACAGUGAGUUCCAGGUUUUGUGAAAAAUCAUUACAACUUUUAAUUACAAUACUAGAACGUUCACCAUAUCCUAAUAUUCGGGCCAAUGUUCUUAUUGGGAUAAGUGAUCUUACAACUAGAUUUCCAAAUCAAAUUGAACCAUGGAUGAAACAUGUUUAUGGCAGACUUCGUGAUGAAGAUAUGAAUGUAAGAAGUACUUGUGUUCGAGUUUUAUCAAGUCUUAUAAUGAGAGAAAUGGUGCGUGUGAGAGGUCAGAUAUCAGAACUAGCUCUCUGUAUAAUUGACAAAGAUCCUCAAAUUCGACAAGAUGCAAAGCAAUUUUUCAAAGCACUUUCACAAAAAGGCAAUGCUCUCUACAAUGUGAUGCCUGAUAUAUUGUCUCGCUUAACUGAUCCUGACUUAGAUAUAAGGGAAUCAGAUUUUCAGGAAAUUCUGAAGUAUAUUUUGAAUUUAUUACAAAAAGAAAAACAAGUUGAUGCCAUUAUUGAUAAGAUUUGUGCUAGAUUUAAAUUGGCUACGACAGAAAGACAAUGGCGUGACUUCGCGUACUGCCUUUCACUUUUACAAUUUAGUGCAAAAAGUAUAAAUAAGAAUAUAUAUUUAUUUAAAAAGUUAAAAAUGCGUUUAAAAUUUUAUGAGAUAUCAUUUCUUUCUAUAAUUAAUGAAUUUUAUUUAGGUAUACAUCGUCUCAUUGAAAGUUUACCUUUACUGAAAGACAAAAUUCAUCAUAAACAAGUUUUAAAAGCAUUACAGUCUGUUAUUGAACAAACAAAGAAAAAACCAAAUACAAAAGUAGCAUGUAUAGAAUUGGAAGAAAAAAUAGAAGAACUUCUUAAAGGAAAAGACAAGUCAAAUGAAGAUGAUAGUGAAGUAAUGCCACCACCACCAGUGCCAAAAUUAAGAAAGCACAAUAAUAGACGCAGAAAACGUAGUAGUAGCGAGGAAGAAGAGGAUGAUAAUAUUGAUAGUGAUCCUGAUUCAGAACCCGUAACAAAAACAAAAAGUUCUAAAAAACCAAAAUCGCCUGAACAUAAAUCGAGUUCCGAUUCAGAUUCAGAUAAUGGUGUAUCAAUGAAAACUUCUAGAAAACAAUCUACAGUGAAUACACCAACAAUAAGUGUUUCAAGAUUAAGUCGAAAGAAGCGUGUUAGUUCAGUUUCAACCGCUCCAUCACCGUCGCCAUCACGGAAAAAAAAUAAACAAAUUACAACGCCAAUACGUUCUUCACAAAGAUAUUCACUACGUUUAUCUCAAUCAAAAAAAAAUCAUUAAAGUUUGCAUAUAUGUGUAGAUAUAUCUCAUUUUGUAAUUUGUUAUGUAGCUUAAGUUCAGGAAGUAAAGCAAAUGAAAAAAAUAUACUUUUAUAUCUUGAUCAUUUUAAUAAAAACCGAAUAAAA